GAAGAAACCCACCCAUGUGACAGUGAACUGCUGGUUCUGCAACCAGGACACGGUGGUGCCGUACGGGAAUCGCAACUGCUGGGACUGCCCCAACUGUGAGCAGUACAACGGCUUCCAGGAGAAUGGAGACUACAACAAGCCCAUCCCUGCUCAGUACAUGGAACACCUGAACCACGUCGUGUCGGGCAGUAGGAUUUUCUGUGAUCCCACCAAACCACAGCAGUGGGUGAGCAGCCAAAUUCUACUCUGCAAGAAGUGCAACAACCACCAAACCAUGAAAAUCAAACAGCUGGCUUCAUUCUCACCUAGGGAGGAGGGCAAAUAUGAUGAGGAGAUUGAGGUUUAUAAGCACCAUCUGGAGCAGACCUACAAGCUGUGCCGCCCGUGCCAGGCUGCUGUGGAGUACUACAUAAAGCACCAGAACCGGCAGCUCCGCGCGCUGCUGCUCAGCCACCACUUCAAACGCCGGGAGACAGACAAGACCUGCACUCAGAAUUUUUGUUCAUCCACCUCCUCUGCUUCCAUAACCACACCAGCUCAGGUGGUAUUCCUGCGCUUCCUGGCCUUCCUCAGCUGUGCAUUCCUGGUUCUGAUGGCCUUGUAUGGGUCAGGCAACCCCUUCUCCCCCAGUACAGCAGUCCCUGCUCCUCUUCCCUCUGGUCCAGCACCCACUCAGAACAGGACUGGCACAAGCUCACGUGCAGAGCUGGGGAAUGACACCUGGGUGAGGGUGACAGGCUGGAAGGAGCUGCUCCAGCUGCUCCCGGAGCAGAUGGUGGAGAACCUGAGUGCCGCGUGGGCCUACGGGAGGAAUCACCAGAUGGCAGUGGCUGUCCUCGGGCUGUUCACCUGCCUGCUGGCCAUGUUCCUGGCUGGGAGGAUCAGGCUCCGGAGAAUCGAUGCGUUUGCUUCAGUCUUGUGGUUCAUGGUGAUGAGUCUGCAUAUAGCUGAGAGGUACCUGAAGACAGAAAUCCCCAGCUGGCUGGACACAGCCAAAUUUGGCACCACCUCCCUGUGCUGCUUGGUGGGCUUCACAGCAGCAGUGGCCACGUGGAAAACAACAGGCCAUCGGAGAUUCCGGCCCCGAAGGUACCUUCCUGGGGAUUCCAUCACUCUCUUUCCCAGCGGCAACGGGACAUCCUUCCCUUCACCUGCCACGUCUCUCUUUGUCCCAACACCACCCAGUAUCCUCCACCUGACAAACCAGCAGCUCUUCAGGUCCCCACACAGGACUUCCUCAUCCUCUCUUCCUGGCCGUCUCAACAGGGCUCUCUCCCUGGGAACCAUCCCCUCCUUGGCCAGGGCAGAUUCUGGUUACUUGUUCAGUGGAAGUCGACCAGUCUUGCAGUCAUCUCAAUCCAAGGAGUCUCCUACAUCAGAGCACUUCUCCCUGCUGUCUGGGAGCUGUGCUCCCUCCCGCAUCCCAUCCCCGGCCCCGUCCGUCGCUGGCUCCGUGACCUCCAGCUCGGGAUCCCUGCGCUUCCGCCGGCCCCUCAUCAGCCCUGCCCGCCUCAACCUGAAAGGACAGAAGCUGCUGCUCUUCUCAUCCCAGAAUGAAGCUCUGCUCACCCCAACGAGCUCAGAGGAGCACACCCACUCAGACAGCAACAUCUUUGCCACCGAGCUGUCCUCCUUCCCGAGGAAGAACCUCAGCGAGCGGGGGAUGCCUGAUAUGAGAUCUGCUGUGGAAGGAGGGAGUAUUUGCAGUGAUAAUUCCAUCAAAAAGGAGGAUCACUCAUCACACUCAUCUACCUGUGUGGUAGACACAACUACCAAAGGGGAAGAUUUGGCAGGCUGGAGAGGUCACUUUGGUAGCUCUGCUCUCCGGGGCCUGCUGGCUGUGAGCCUGACCCUCAAUGCUGUUUUCACGUCGGCCUACGUCUACCGGAGCCUGCGCUGA